UUCCGCGCCAGACAGGUAUAAAAGGCAGACAUCUUCGUCCACUAAUCACCACGAACAUUCAUUUAUUCGUUCUUCACAACAUGUCUCUUUCCACUAAGCUCUCCAUCACUGACAUCGACUUGACUGACAAGCGUGUUCUCAUGCGUGUUGACUUCAACGUCCCCUUGGACGGUGACCGCAUCACCAACAACGCUCGUAUCGUUGGUGCUCUCCCCACCAUCAAGUACGCCAUUGAGCACAAGGCCAAGGCCGUCAUCCUCAUGUCUCACUUGGGUCGCCCCAACGGUGAGCGCGUCGCCAAGUACUCCUUGAAGCCCGUUGCCGCUGAGUUGGAGAAGCUUUUGGGUAAGCCCGUUAAGUUCCUCAACGACUGUGUUGGUCCUGAGGUUGAGCAAACCUGCCAAGCUGCCACCAACGGUGAGGUCAUCCUCUUGGAGAACCUCCGUUACCACAUCGAGGAGGAGGGUUCCCGCAAGGUCGACGGUAAGAAGGAGAAGGCCGAGCCCGCCAAGGUUGAGGCUUUCCGCAAGUCUUUGACUUCUCUCGGUGACGUUUUCGUCAACGAUGCCUUCGGUACUGCUCACCGUGCCCACUCCUCCAUGGUCGGUGUCGACAAGGUCCGUGUCGCCGGUUUCCUUAUGAAGAAGGAGCUCGACUACUUCGCCAAGGCUCUUGAGAACCCCGUCCGCCCCUUCCUUGCCAUCUUGGGUGGUGCCAAGGUUGCCGACAAGAUCCAACUUAUUGACAACCUCUUGGACAAGGUCAACCGCCUCAUCAUCUGCGGUGGUAUGGCUUUCACCUUCAAGAAGGUCCUUGACAACAUGAAGAUCGGUAACUCCUUGUUCGAUGAGGCCGGUUCUCAAAACGUCCAAUCCAUGAUUGAGAAGGCCAAGAAGAACAACGUCGAGGUCUUCCUCCCCACUGACUUCGUCACUGCCGACAAGUUCGACAAGGACGCCACUGUUGGUACUGCCACCGACGCUGAGGGUAUCCCUGAGGGUUGGAUGGGUCUUGACUGCGGUGCUGUCUCCUCUGCCAAGUUCGCCGAUGUCAUUGCCACCUCCAAGACCAUUGUCUGGAACGGUCCCGCCGGUGUCUUCGAGUUCGACAAGUUCGCCAACGGCACCAAGUCCAUGCUUGACGCUUGUGUCAAGGCUGCCCAUGACGGCUCUGUUGUCAUCAUCGGUGGUGGUGACACUGCCACUGUUGCCAAGAAGUACGGUAAGGAGGCCGAGCUCUCCCACGUCUCCACUGGUGGCGGUGCUUCUCUUGAGCUUCUUGAGGGUAAGGCUCUUCCCGGUGUUGUUGCCCUUUCUGCCAAGAACUAGACAUCUUUCUGGAUGCAACCUACCACAGGCGUCGUCUCCGGGCGUUAAAGCUUGUUUAGACGAAUGUUUUUAGGAAAUACGAAUAGAGUUUACGAAUACGCUAGGGUGCAAUGGUUGGUGAGCAAGGUGAGCGGUGCA